ACGGAGCUAAAGAAGCUGUUAAAGAGUUCCCGCCUCUCUGAGAGGUGCAGGGGGGGAAAUUAAACGCGGUCUGUUUGUGUACGGCGCGGAGCGGCCGGUGCUCGGUAAAGGAGCAGUCCGGUGCUCGGUAAAGGAGAAGUCCGGUGCUCGGUAAAGGAGAAGUCCGGUGCUCAGCUGAUUUAACGUGAAACGAGCUGCUACAGCGUCAGCUUCAGGUAUGACGCUGUUAGCGUGAUGACGCAGGGCGAGCUGCACCAAUCACAUGACAGUAUCACAGUUCACCGGGACCGGGUCGACACCGAGCAGAGAGCCGGAGGAAGAUGUCCGGCGGCGGCUUCAGGUGGACGGUGGUCGUCCUGACCUGCCAACACAAAGACAGCGUGUACGCCUUCCAGACAGAGCUGGAGUUGCGGCAGCAGCGUGGCUCUCUCUCUGAGGGUGCGUUGGUUUUGACGGUGCAGGACCGCCAGGAGCCGCUGGGCAGCGGGGGGGCGACGCUGAACGCUCUGCUGGUCGCUGCUGAACACCUGAGCAACAGAGCCGGACACACGGUGGUGACAGCUGACGUCCUGGAUGAUGCUCACAUCCUCCUCCUCCACACCGGGCGGGACUUCCCGUGGAGCUCCUGCAGCAGAGCCUUCUGCUGGCUGCCUGUAGAGAGAGCCAAUCAGAGAGUCCAGGCUCCGGUGUGCUGUCUGGACCUGCUGCUGGACCUGCUCAGUAACCAGAUCUGUCCCGGCUCUCCUCCUGGUGUUUGGGUCUGCAGCACCGACACCAUCCUCACCGUCCCUCCUGACUUCGUUUUGUCGUGGGAAGGUUUCUCUGGUGUUCGGGUUUUGGCGUUACCCGGCGAUGUCUCCUACGCAGCCAAUCACGGGGUCUACCUGCCCGACCAACAGGGUCAGGUCAGAGACAUCAUCUACAAGGGAACCAAGGAGCAGAUUCAACAAGCAGUGAUGCCUGAUGGGAAAGUGCCGCUGGUGUCAGGGCCGGUCUUCUUCAGCAGGUCUGUAUCAGAAAAGCUGCUUCAGGCUCACGUCAGUCCUCCUCUAGACGGCUGCACCUACCUGGGCCUGGACUCUGGAGCUCCACCCCUCCAGAUCUCGUUGUUCCUGGACGUGCUGAAGUGUCUCUGCUCAGAUCUGACUCAGGAUCAGUUUGUGAGCGAGCAGCGAGCCGGCUGCAGCUCAGCUGUUGGAGCACAGGGGGCGUCAGUGAGGAGCGGCCGGGCGGAGCUGUGGAGGAUCCUGAGAGGAACGCCGCUCAGCGUGGUGUACGUCCCCGGCGGUCGCUAUGACUACCUGACUCUGUCUGGAAAGCAGCAUGUGGAGCGUCUGAGCUGUGAUUGGACGGAUACAAACACUCUGUCUCACAUCCAGAGAGAGAGCUGGGUCGACGAAGGAGGCCGAGUGAUCAACAGUGUUCUUGAGGGAGAUGUUACCGUGGCAACCGGGGCGGUGGUGCAACACUGCCACCUACAGGGUCCUCUUCUCGUCCCGUCGGGUUGUUUCCUGUCGGGUCUCGAGUCGGUGACAUCACAGCUGGAGCUGAGCGAUGACAUCAUCGUCCAGGGGCAUCGCAUUGAGCUGGGGCAGCUGCAGCUGAAGGUGUACACGGUGACGGGAGCGCACGACCAGCUGCAGGUCUCCUCUGAUGACAGCAGUGCCUCCUUCCUCAACCAGAGAUGGAGCAUCUUCUACAGCAGAACAGGAAUCCAGCCAGAGGAGUUGUGGGUCCGAGGAGAACAGCGCUCCCUCCUGGAGGCUCGUCUCUUCCCCGUCCUCCACCCGAGAGGAGGCGCCGUUGGCUUGGACGAAGGUGUGGGCUGGCUGCUCGGCAGAGGCAGCUUUCUGAGGAGGUGGAGGGAGGCGUGGAGGCUGUCUCUUAAGGAAGUGAUGUCACUCACGCAGCAGGAGGCGGAGCUGCAGUGGAGGGAGGAGUUACUAUUCUUAGCAGGGAGGAGGAGAGUGAGCGCCGCCCUGAGGAGUCGCUCAGACAUCUGCCUGCUGCCGUGCUUCAGGGCGGCCGUGCUCGGAGGCCAGCAGGAGGCGCUGCUGGAGACGCUCGAUAACCUUGCAGCAGGAAGUAGCGAGCAGGGGGAGGAGUCAGGUGUGGAGCUGGGCGUGGCCGCUCGCUGCCUCUCAUGUAUUGCUGACGUGUUGGUGUGCAUGGCGGGGGGGAGGGGAGGUCUGAGGAGCGGGCCGGCCGCUAACGAGGCCUGGACCUCCGCCUAUCUCCUAUUGGAGGAGGGGAACCUGAGGGGCGGAGUCAAGGCGCUGGCUGCGCAGAGAGCUCAUUGGCUCAGCAGGCCGGACCUGCUGGUUCGGGCGGCGCGGCACUACGAGGGCGCCGGCCAGGUGCUCCUACGAAAAGCUGUGAUGUCAUCACAGAGGUUUAUCUCCACUGGCCGGGAUGAGGUCCCGCCCCUCGAGGAGUGGCAGGAUGUGGAGUGUCCGGCCAGACUGGACCUGGCAGGCGGGUGGAGCGACACUCCGCCCAUCGCCUUCGAGCACGGCGGCUCUGUGACCAACGUCGCCGUGAAGGUCGAUGGGAAGCGUCCUAUUGGUGCCAAGGCACGUCGAACCAGAGAGCCCCGCCUCCUGCUGGUCAGCCACACUGCAGGGCGGGACAGCGCCGUCUCCACGGAGACGGUGUGCCACAGCCUGGAUGACCUCAGAGACUACUGUCAGCCGCACGCGCCCGGAGCUCUGCUGAAGGCUGUGUGUGUGUGCAGCGGUCUGGUGUCUCUGUCCUCCCAGCAUCCUCUGGGGGAUCAGCUGAUGCGGCGGUGGGGAGGAGGGGUGGAGCUUCACAGCUGGUCGGCGCUGCCCACCGGCUCUGGACUGGGUACCAGCAGCAUCCUGGCGGGGGCGCUGUUGGCUGCAGUGUACAGGUGUACCGGUCAGACCUACGACACGGACUCUCUGAUCCACGGCGUCCUCCACCUGGAGCAGAUCCUCACCACAGGUGGAGGCUGGCAGGAUCAGGUGGGAGGUCUGGUGGGCGGAGUCAAGGUGGGUCGUUCCAAAGCGUCUCUGCCCCUGCAGGUGGAGGUGGAACGUCUCAGUCCUCCGGACCACUUCCUGCUUUCACUGGAGCGCCACCUCCUAUUGGUUUACACCGGAAAGACCCGACUGGCUCGCAACCUGCUGCAGGACGUGGUCCGUAGCUGGUACAGCCGGGUCCCCUCCAUGGUGCAGAACGUGCAGCAGCUGGUGUUGAACUCUGAGGCCUGUGCUGCAGCCUGUUUAGACGGUUCUCUGUCUGGUCUGGGUCUGUGUCUGGACCGGUCAUGGCAGCAGAAGAAGCUGAUGGCUCCUGGCUGUGAGCCGGCCUCGGUGAGGGCCAUGAUGGAGGCCCUGAGGCCGCUGGUCCUGGGUCAGAGCCUGGCUGGAGCCGGAGGUGGAGGCUUCCUGUACCUGCUGACCCGAGAGCCUGGACAGAGGGCGGAGGUGCUGAAGGUGCUCCGCGACACGGAGGGUCUGGGAGACGUCAGCGUCCACUCUGUGGAGCCGGACAUGGACGGGAUCACAGUCCUCCCACCGUACUGAGGACAGACACACACACACACGCUUAUCUUUGUGUACGUGUGAGUACACAAGUGUGUGUGUGUUUUGUGUUUACAUGAAUGUCAAAGUUUUACACGUCAUCAAUAAACAAACAAACUGUG